CCUCACUCGAGCUCACAUCAAACAGCUCUCGUGCAUUCGAAGGCUGUCCAAGAACACGCAAGCGCAACAUGUUCAGCAGUAGCAAGAUCGCCGCCGUGUGCCUCGCCGUCGUGGCGCUAACCAACAGCGCGUAUGCUGAGAAGGAGGCCGCCCAGACGUUCGGACUGCUUGGCGCUGGUCUGCACGGUGGUGCGGGACUCUAUGGAGCUGGCGCUGCCGGUCUUCAUGGUGGAGCCGGCGUUGGUGCUGGUCUGUACGGUCGAGGUGCCGGCUAUGGUGGCGUUGGUGCUGGGCUGUACGGUCGAGGCGCCGGAUAUGGUGGUGCUGGUGCUGGGCUGUUUGGUCGAGGCGCCGGAUAUGGUGGUGCUGGUGCUGGGCUGUACGGUCGAGGUGCCGGAUAUGGUGGCGCUGGUGCUGGGCUGUUUGGUCGGGAAGCCGGCUACGGAGGCGCUGGUGCUGGGGUCGGAGCUGGCGUUGGCGGUGCGGGCGUCGGUAACGGAUACGGCGGUGUUGGUGUCGGAGGAACUACGGGUGUCGGUGCUGGUGUCGGAGGAACUACGGGUGUCGGUACUGGUGCCGGUGUCGGAGGUGGUGUGAGUGGUAACGUCGGUGCUGGCGUGGGCGUGGGCGGUAAUGCUGCUGUCGGCGCUGGUGUGGGCGGGGCUGCGAACGGUGGAGUGAGUGCCAAUGCUGGUGUCGGCGCGGGAGUGAGUGGGAACACUGGUGCUGGCGUCGGAGGUGGAGCGAGUGGAGGUGCUAACGGUGGAGUGAGCGCCAAUGCUGGUGUCGGAGGUGGUGUCGGCGGAUCGGCCGGUGUCGGCGGAUCGGUCGGUGUGGGAGGAGCGGCAAGUACUGGUGCGGGUGGAGCUACGACAACGACGGACGGCAGAACUAGCACAUCUACGUCGCAGAACGGCGAUGACUUUUUGAGUUAG